AUGCCAAGCUCUGGAAAAGCUUCUGACUCAGAAGAAACUGUUACAACGGAGAGAAAAGUUGUCACAACUGAAAAUACCUCACCGGCGGAAAAUGUUAAUGUUGAGGUUGAAAAAAUAACCAAAGAAAUGGAGAACGUACCGCCCAUUACUUGUACAGGAGAAAUAGCUAGCGAUGAGACGAAAGAACAGACGACCAAGAAGCUCGAAGAGGAAGCAGUAUUAUUGUUCGAUUGUGAGCGUGGAAAUGAACCGAAAGCUAUAGCUGAUCUGUUCAAGUGUGGUCGAUGCGGGCAACGAAAUACCACCUUCUAUCAAAUCCCAAAUGCCGAUGCUGAUGAAUCUAUGACAACAUAUGUAAACUGUACAAACUGCAAUAACCGUUGGAAGUUCUGUUAG